UGCUGGCGAUGUGUGUAGCUACAAAAACAACUUGGCGUACCGUUGUGAUUACGAAGCAUCUUUCUCUGUCACCCAUGACGUGCUUAUAUUCUGCAGUAACUAGUGAGGGCACACCAACUUGGACCUGCCUCUCUUCAAAUAAUCCAAAGAGAACACAAGUUGUCUCCAAAUUGGAAUUUGGCUACACCCUCUGAUGCCUGUUGAAAACCCAUCUCAUAAAAAAGGAUGAUUGCCUGGAAUCAGGCCAAAGGAAUUGUGAGCUCACCUGUGUUAGGCUUAUCUAUUUAGGUUGGUGGACUCUACAAUUAGGCUCACCAAAAUAGCUAUUUUGGUAAAAAAAAAUUGGUGCUUCAAUUUCACUGUCUAAUACAAAAUUCGUAUACGUGAUCCUUCCCCAGUUAGACCUGCCGGUGAGGUGGGUCUAUUAAAUCACAUGGCCUAUUAUCUUCAACCUUUUUCUCUCUAUAAAUGGUAGCCAAAGUUUAAUAGAUCAAAACUGAAAACUUGCGAGAAAGACAGAGAGAGGGAGAGGGAAGAGAUGGCAGAAUUGUUCAUUAAGCAGGCGGAGAAUUACGCGGAGGGCCGGCCAUGUUACCCUCCAGAAUUGUUUGAGUUCAUUGCUUCCAAGACACCCUCUCAAGACCUUGCGUGGGACGUCGGCACCGGAAAUGGUCAGGCUGCUCGAUCUCUAGCUGGGAUGUACAAGAAUGUGAUAGCCACAGAUACAAGCCCAAAACAACUCUCAUUGGCGCCAAGGCUACCCAAUAUAACAUACAAACACACCCCUCCCACCAUGUCUAUAGCCGAGCUGGAACACAAUGUUGCAGCUGAAUCAAGCAUUGAUGUUGUGACUAUUGCUGCGGCCCUCCACUGGUUCGACCUCCCUAAUUUCUACCAACAAGUGAAAUGGGUACUCAAAAAACCCCAUGGUGUCAUAGCUGCAUGGUGCUACACCGUGCCAAAAGUUAAUGACUCGGUCGAGUCAGUCUUUCAACCCUUUUAUAAAGCUGCAGUAGAACCCUAUUGGGAGCCGACACGUAAAUUAGCGGUGGACAAGUAUAGUAGCAUCCAUUUCCCAUUUGAGCCCGUGGAUGGAGUUGAUCACACCGGGCCAUUUCAGUUUAUAGCCAAAAAAUUGAUGGAUUUAGAUCAGUAUUUUACUUACAUAAGAUCGUGGUCAGCGUAUCAAACGGCUAGGGAGAAGGGUGUUGAGCUUUUGAGCGAUGAUUUGAUUGAGGAUUUUAAGCGGGCUUGGAUUGAAGAUGGACAAGACCAGAAGGUUGUGAAGUUUCCAGUUUAUUUGAGGAUUGGAAGAGUGGGGAAUAUCUAAAAUCAAAAGACUAGCUUAGAGCAACUGUGGAUCGUUUCAUAGGGAACUGAACUAAACCAUUUUGUUCCAAAGGAGUAUUGAGUCCAUUUCCCCUGUCAAUUAUUUUGAUCACAUUGCCAUUUUAUAUAAUGGAAUUCUGCUGUUGAAUCCUAUUGAUUAGAAGUUUAACUGAUGGAUAUUGAAUAUCAUUGUUAAAAUUGCUAUUUUGUUUACAGAGCAAUGAGAGGUUGCGCUUGAUGUUUGUAUCAGCAGUAAAUUAACUCUCCCUUUUCUGCUUUCAUAUUCAUUGCAGCACAUCACUUUCCUCUCUAUGUAUUUAUAUCAAACACCUGUUGUACAUUCUGUGUGGCGAGAAAUAGAAUAGCAUACCACCUUCCCUUAUCAACGGCGUCAUCAACCUCUUCCGCCACCCAACCCACUACACAUACUGACAUACUUCCUCCCCCUCACCUACUAUAUCACUUACAAAUAUCACUCACCUUAUCACCAUCAAACUCUAACGCGUGAAUUACAUCCUCUUGAGCUUGCCGUUUGGAUAAGAAGAAUUUUUAGAUGAUCGGUGGAUGUGUAGCUACAAAACAACUUGGCGUGCCGUUGUGAUUACGAAGCCUCUUUCUCUGUCACCCAUGACGUGCUUAUGUUCUGCAAUAACUAGUGAGGCAGACCAAGUU